AUGUCAGCAAGUCCGCUUUGCAUUUUUUGUAAAAUCAUUAAAAAAGAGAUUCCUUCUUAUCGCAUCUUUGAGACGGAGCAUACUCGUUACAUAAUGAAACUUCUAUCUAUAAUUCUUGAUCACAGCAAAUUCUUGCACGAACUUCCCGACGAAAGUUUAGCCGACUUACUUCCGGUCGCCAAGAAAGUUGCGAAUGCAAUUGGAGCUGAAAAUUACAAUAUCUUGCAGAACAAUGGCGCUCUUGCUCAUCAGCAAGUAGAGCAUGUUCAUAUCCACGUGAUUCCCAAACCUAAUAGUGAAGAGGGCUUGGGUGUCGGAUGGCCUGCCAAGUCAACCUCUAAAGAGGAUCUGGCUGCCACCGCCGAAAAAAUUCUUCAAGGGUUCAAGGAUUAG